CCCCCUUUUCCGCCUAACAAAAUUCUCAGAACCGGAAUCCCCUCCACCACCUCCUGGACUGGCGAGGUGGGGGAGCCCGGAAAGUGGGGGGCCAAGACAAGAGCCGCGAUCUCCGGAGCUGGCGACCCACUAUGGAAGAGCAGGCGGACGCUAAAAGCCAGCGCGACUCGGCUCCGACUCCAGUCGGCGGGAGCAGCGGCAGCGGGAGCGACGGCGAGAGCGUCCCGGUGUCUCCCGGCGGCCACCCUCCCUUGUCUCCCGCCGCGCCUUGCCUCGUGCCUCUUCCCCAUCACCCGCACCACCAGCACCACCACCAGCACCACCACCACCACGGCCACCAGCACCACCAGCACCAGCCCCAGCCGCAGCCACAGCAGCAGCAGCAGCCGGCGCCUCCGCCCCCCCAGCAGCAGCAGCAGCAGCAGCAGCAGCCGAGGCCGCCCCCGCCGCCGCCCCCGCAGCAACAGCAGCACCGCACCACCAACUUUUUCAUCGACAACAUCCUGAGGCCGGACUUUGGCUGCAAGAAAGAGCACCUCUUCAUCCUGACCGGCGGCCCUGCGGCGGUCGGAGGAGGAGGAGGAGGGGGAGGAGGGGGAGGCAGCGGCGGCGGCGGCGGCGGCCGGGAGAGAGACCUAGACCGCGCGGCCAGCUCAGGUAGAGAAAAUGUCAGCUCACUGCUCGGCAGGCCCCUCCACCCGGCCUCCUCUCUCCUUAGCGCCGACUCGCCCGGGAACCCCGACAGCUCCUCCACGGCCUCCAAAGCGAGCCCCGCCGCGGCGGCAGCAGCGGUAGGGACGGCCAAGCCCCCCUCGGAAGGGAGUGGAACUAACCCGGCGAAGUACGGGGAGCACGCCAACCCGGCCAUCCUCCUCGUGGGCUCCGGGAAUGGAGGAGUGGGGGCCUCCGGCGAUUCUCAACAGCCGCUGGUUUGGCCGGCCUGGGUUUACUGCACUAGGUAUUCAGACAGACCGUCCUCGGGUCCCCGAACGAGGAAGCUGAAGAAGAAGAAGAACGAGAAGGAGGACAAGCGGCCGCGCACGGCCUUCACCGCCGAGCAGCUGCAGAGACUCAAAGCGGAGUUCCAGGCCAACCGCUACAUCACCGAGCAGCGGCGGCAGACGUUGGCCCAGGAGCUGAGCCUCAACGAGUCCCAGAUCAAGAUCUGGUUCCAGAACAAGCGGGCCAAGAUCAAGAAAGCCACCGGCAUCAAGAACGGCCUGGCCCUUCACCUCAUGGCCCAAGGACUGUACAACCAUUCCACCACCACGGUGCAGGACAAAGAGGAGAGCGAGUGAAGCCGGCCCGGCCCGGCUCGGCUCGGCUCGGCCCGGCUGUCCCCCACAGACUGCCCCCUCGCCCCGCCCCGCCCCGUCGCUC